AUGUGCCAUGCACCGAUAAUUAUGGAUCGGGAGGACUAUGACGUAAAUCCAUUUUCAGGUGACAGUCUGUGGAGGAUUUCCGAGUUCACGUUGCAGUCCCUCCAGCCGCUGGAACCCUUGUCAUGGAAUGGUGACUUACCUGAUCUUUCUGGGGACUUCUUCCAAACCCCUCUUCAUUUAUUCGACGAAACUUGGCCUAAGCUACCUGAGUCAACUGCCUCUGUGACCGCCCUCUUCGAUUUCUCUCAACAGCCAGAGUCGACGACCGGUCCGUCGAGUGAUAGCCAAUCUGAUAUUAAUAUUGACCAGCAAGACAAUGAAGGCGAAUCAAGCGAUAUUUGGGCACUGGAUAACUUGAACUCAAAAAUUGACGACCGAAAAACGUUGAGAUCAUGGGAGAACUAUAAGGAUCGAUCGUAUUGCGAACCCGUCUCCGCAUACUUCAGCGAAUCUGGGACGAAAGGCUUCGAUGGAGCAUUGACGCACCAGUUCUCACAAAAGGGCAUUGGGACUUCCCAGUGUAUUGCCCGAAAUGAUGUCUUUUUCCAAGCUCUAUUCCGACUUGGGUUGGGUUGGGGUUCCACGUUCUUCCGUUAUAAUCAAGCCGAGCGUAAGUUCGAGCCGAUAUUUAACAACAUACGUAUCUCUGGCGUCAGCGUUCCAGUUGUGAGCAGUAUUAUGGACGAACUGUUGAGGUGUGGAUCAGAUAUGCAGAGGGUUCGAAUCUUCCUCAAUAAGGUGCCCUCUAGGUUUGCUGAUCUCUCUGCUCUAUCCACUCUCUCUAGUGUUGUUGCUAUAAUGAUAUAUACGCUCGAACAACAACUCCUGAAAUAUUCAAAGAAUUUUGUGUCACUCAUACAAAUCAAGUCUUUAUUCCAUCGCAGUGGCGAGCUUCUUGCUGCUUUGGCGGAUCUGGUCGAGGCUGCUGAGGGGGCUGUAUCGGAUGCCCAGGUAAUAUCCACUAUUAUCGAAAGGGCCGCCCAUUACUCCCAAACGUUUGGUCAGCUAGAAGAUCUUUUUCGUGAGGUCGUCAUUCGAAUAGUUGAACCUUUUUUAUUACAUGUGGAAAGUUGGAUUGGGUUCCGUCAGGAGAGUUUGUCAUUGGAGUUGGCAAGUAAAGGCAAAAGCUUUGUUGCUCUGGACUUCCAUGAAGAAAGUGCCAAGUCUAUCUCAAAGGCAAAAGCAUCAAGAGUUGACUUUAAAUAUCAGCCUGAUCAAAUACCAUCUUUUCUUCCCCGGGAUCAAGCUCAGCUGAUUUUCGAGAGUGGACGAAGUCUUCGACUUCUUAAACGCUUUCACCCGCAGCAUCCGAUCGCAAAUGAUCUGAUUCUCAAUACCUAUUCCCCUAAACUCGAAUGCGCGGGCUCCUGGAAUGAUAUUGAAAGGAUACAGAAGAGAGCUUAUGAAUAUGAGAAGAAACUCCGUUCCGAGAUACUAAGGUAUAACUGCCGUGGCGAUUUCAGAAACCCAAAUACACAAAAUAUCUCCCAGAAUACAAACUACGAUGACGAGAAGCUACUUGAAGAAACUUUUGAUAUAUUUGACAUCGACGAUAAACAGAAUUUGACCGGCUUACUUUCAUGCCCUGCUUCUAUGGAGAAGGACAAGCUUGGCGGACUGCUCAACGAAGCGAACACGUCGGGCUCUAAGCUGUCUAAGGAUCACACGAAUUACUUUGGGCCGGAAUUGACGUCCUCUCUUUACCUGUCGCUUGCACCCUUUCUUUCUUCACAAGCGCAGCUGAUCGAUUUCUCGUGUCUUCACCUUCUCUUCAAAGAGCAUAAAGUCCGGUAUCACCUUACACUGCAGUGGCGGUUUCAGCUUCUUGGAGAUGGAUUUUUUACAUCUCGUCUUUCCCACUCUCUAUUUGAUCCGGAAAUGGAGAGUGGUGAGCGAAAAGCCGGUGUGAUGCGAAGCGGUGUUCACACUGGUUUGCGCCUGGGAAGCCGUGAUACGUGGCCUCCAGCAAGCUCAGAAUUACGAUUGGUGCUCAUAGGUCUCCUCAAUGAAUGCCGUAAUGCAGACGAUCACUCAGAUACUGCGAGCGCCGCUGAAUUUCGUAAAGAUACGGAAUUACCAGGCGGACUUAGCUUUUCUAUCAGAGAGCUCAGUACUGAAGAGAUUAUUAAAUGCAAGGAUCCAAAUGCCAUCGAAGCCUUGGAUUUCCUUCGUCUACAAUACAAACCAUCGGAUGUGCUGAAAGCGAUAAUAACUCAACAGUCGUUGAACAAGUAUGAUCGUCUCUUCAAACACCUGCUUCGGCUUCUUCGAAUGGUUUCUGUUGUUAAAGGUCUCAUUCGCGAUACCACUGCAAGGGGUUCUCUCUCCAGGGAUACAAGAAACGAGUUCCAAAAAUUUCGCGUUGAUAGUCAACAUUUCGUUCUUGCGUUGAGUGACUACUGCUUUCACAUUGGAGUGGGAGCUACAUGGCAGCGAUUUCAGGAGACGCUAUCCAAGAUUGAAUCUUGCCUUGAACGUGACGAUGUUGAUGGGACGAUAGAAGUCGCCCAUUCCCUUCCCCGACUUAGGGACUACCAUGAGGACGUCUUAGACCAGAUGCUCUUCGCUCUUUUCCUGAGUAAAAGCCACACUGACGCUGCGAGGCUGCUUGAAAACAUUUUCACUACGAUUCUCAAUUUUGCCCCGCUGUCAAAAUUGGAUGGAAUGCGUGGCGUACGCCGUGAAAGUGAAAUAACAGUGCGUCGACUGUAUGCAGUUUUCCGAAAACAAACCUCCGCUUUCGUGGGAUAUCUGCGUAAAUUGGAUGGCGUCAAGGCCUCUUCAAAGUCUUUUGGUCGAUUCGGCACGACAUUCUCAUCAAGAGAACCUACAAGCGUUUUUAAUCAUCUUCUAUCACGAUUGGAUAUCAAGACAUAUUACUGA